CUCGCCGCUCUGCGUUAACCACAGUGAAACGUGAGCUCUCUCUGCUGCUCUGCAGCCUGUAUUUUUGGGAUGUUUUAAACGGGCCGGGACCUAGAGACGUUCCCAGGCCGGAGGCCGGCCUGUGCAUGUUUCUGCUCUUUGGAAGACAAGGCGAGAAAGAAGAAGAGGAGACAUUGUUUCUGCAGAGGAAGAAAGGGAUAAACGAAAUGGCUGAAGAUGUCUGUGGAUUCUGAGAACUCCUGUAUUCUGGUGGCGUCCCGAGAAUCCAGGACGUCCUGCAUCUUCCAGACAGCUGAUGAGAACGAUGAAAUCCCAGGGGUGGGAGAGGAGAGCGUUCUGGAGAUGCUGAGUUACUCCAAGUUCUCGGACCUGGAGACAUGGCUGUGCAUGCCGUCCUCCGUCCUGCUGUCCAGGCCGCUGGACAUGAACCGCACCUGCUCCUCCUGCUCCACCUUAUCAUCCAACCACUCCUCCAACUCGCCGACCAUGUCCUCUUCAUCGUCUGCAGCCUCCAUCUCCCGGCGCUCCAUCUGCAGCGAGCCAGGAGACUCUCUGCUCAGGUCCUUGGAGAGAGAUCUGACGUUCCUCACACCUGCUCUCGGAAAGGAGGCGACUUUCUUGUCUACGCCGCUCCUGCCCAUCCUCUCCUCUACCCCUAUUGGGGCUCCACAGACAAACUCAGGGCCAACAGUCAGAGAUUCCAAUUCCAGCAGUGGUGUCAGCAUCAGGAAGCGACGUCGACUUGCUGCCAGUCCCGGAGGACUCCACUGGAACUCCGAAGGUUCUGUGCAGCGCAAAUUCUGGUCACCUGAUCCUCCUUCCAGAAUGGCUGCAGGUGGAGCCAGAGGAAGAGGGCAUAGUGGGAGGAGCUUCCCACUGGGUCAGAAGGACAGGGUGACACCUGUGUGGACAGCAGGUGAGCGGGUGGCUCUGAGGAAAACUCUGUCAGCUGACGAUCAGCUGCUGAGGCCAGCAGGAGGAGAACUAAAGCUGCUGAACGGACUGGAGAGAGGCCGAAAGAAGCUGCGCAACAUCCAUAGCCUGGGAACACAGGGGCGAUACGACAGCAGGAAAAAGUCGGACAGUAAGAUCUCACGCUUGGCUCAGAGGUGGAACCAGAGGUCGACCGGAGAUGCUCUGAUCCGAGACCUGAAGCACCUGUAUCCCACAGGGACCUGUCGAUCCUCCCUCAGCCUGGACAGACACCUCCCAGCCGUUAUGACCCAACAGAUGCAGAACCUGCAGCUGUCUCAGACCAGAAAGUGUCCCGGUGGGCCAGCCUCACCCAGCGCUGCCAAGCGCCUCUACAGGAACUUAUCCGAAAAGCUGCGAGGAAGCACCUCCUCCUUUGAAGAUGCCUACUUCUUUGGAAAAACGGACCGUCUGCGAAAAGCCUCGACCAUGCAGGGCAGCGACUGCAUCUUUGAGGCUGUGGAGCAGCAGGAUCUGGAUACUGUGCAGAUUCUCCUCUACCAGUUUACCGCUGAGGAACUGGACCUGAACACACCCAACAGCCAAGGCCUGACUCCCCUCGAUAUCGCCAUCAUGACCAACAACACACCCAUCGCUAAGCUGCUGCUGAAGGCCGGUGGAAAGGAGAGUCCUCACUUUGUGAGCGUGGAGAGCCGCGAGGCUCACCUGAGCGCCCUGGUGGAAGAGUCGGAGCGCCGCGCGGCAGACUUGGCGGCUCAGGCUCAGAGGGACGGCCUGUCGCUGGAGGCGUGCCACAAAGACAAGCAGCUGAGGACAUGGGAGUGGAGGAGCAAGCUAUACAAGCGCAUGAGGACAGGCUUCCAGCAUGCGCGUCCCCCGGAGGCCCCGACCAUGGUCCGACUGAGCGUGAGCAGCAGCACCUCGCUGACCGUCACCUUCCAGGAGCCGCAGUGCCUGAACUCCACCGUGGUCACCAAGUACAGAGUGGAGUGGAGCUGCCUGAAGGAUUUCUCUCUGCUCGCCGGUGAGACGGUGCUGGAUAAUCUGCAGAGCCUCAAAUGCACCAUCAGCAGCCUGUCCACGGGUCGGCUUUACUACGUCCGAGUGUCGGCGUACAACAUGAAGGGCUGGGGUCCGCCCGCCUCCGCCCUGCCUCCAUCAGCUGCUCCAUCCAACUGGAGGGAGAGCGACGGCCGUGAGCCCAGGAGGCGGGGCCACGUCGAGGCCAUGGAGCGUCUGCUGCAGCAGGUCCGAGCGACGCACACACACUACUGCUGUGGAGACUCAUCGAAACUGCAGAACCCGAGCAGGAAGCAGUCAGUCUCUAGAAGCCUCAAACACCUCUUCAACUCCUCCAACAAGUUUGUAAAGACACUGAAAAGAGGGAUCUACCUGGCUGCUGUCUUCUACCAUAAGGACAGUUUACUGGUCACCGCCGAGGAGCAGAUUCCCAUCGUGGAGGUGGACGACUCCUACAGCAGCUCCCUCAUGCAGGACUUCCUCUGGUUCACCAAGCUGUCCUGUAUGUGGGAGGACGUCCGAUGGCUGAGGCAGAGCAUGUCCGUGUCCAUGUCGUCUUCAUCCACUCUGCAGGCCCGCCACAAGAUGCUCACCGCCGCCGCCCAGCUACAGAACCUCCUGGGGACCCACAACCUGGGCCGGGUCCACUACGAGCCCAUCAAAGAUCGCCAUGGAAACGUGCUCCUGGUGACGAUCCGCGACACCGAGAGCCAGCACUCGCUGUUCAGCGGGAGGUGGAUGCAGGUGACCAAACUGCAGAGCCAGAGGAAGUCGCUGUCCACGCCGGAGGAGCCGUACGCGCUGGACAUCCUUAUCAUCACCAUGCAGGACCUCCUGGCGUACCAGCGGCGCAGCACCCACCGCCUGGCCCCGGGCCUCUACCUGGGCUACCUAAAGCUCAGCAGCUCCGUGGACCAGAUCAAAGUCCUGGUGUCCCAGCGGACCCCCAACAUGCUGUGCCACAGCCGGAUCCGGGACAACGCCAACGUGUCCAGGGAGGAGUGGGACUGGAUCCAAACGCUGGCAGCUGCAGGAGAAAAAGGACGCAGCGAGGAGGAGAGCGAGGAGGCGGAGCCCCAGGCCGAAAGCCACGCCCCUCUACUCUACUACGAGCUGCAGACGGCGAUAAAGGCACUGCUGAAGCACAUCCACGUCCCUCUGCACAAGGCCCGUCACUUCCGUCUCUACAGUCAGGAGGUGGUGGAGAUCGGCCACGGCGUCUCCUUCCUGCUGCUGCUGCCCCAGGCUGAUGAUGUUUGCUCCGCCCCCGGACAGUCCAACCCCUACAGCCCGCUGUCAGGGUUCCUGCACCUCCCGCUGCAGAUGUUUGAGCUGGUUCAUUUCUGCACCUACAAGGAGAAGUUCAUCAGUCUCUACUGCCGUCUGUCCUCUGUCCUGGACCUGGAUGCCCUCAUUACCCAGCAGGCACUGCGGGAGGCCAUCACGGACGGCGAGGUGACAACCGCCAGAUCUCGACACCAACUCAUCCUGGACUACAUCCAGCAGCUGGAUGAGAUGCGGCGCGACCUCCGCUGGAUCACAGACGCCCUGCAGUACGCUCGCUACAAGCAUCCCCGCGGCGGCGUCCUCAUAACCUGCCUGGUGGACGCCAGCGCUCCAGAUAGUGAUUCUGGACAGCAGAAGACGGAUUCCACGUCCUCCACCAUGGACUACGUGCCUACGCCGCCUCCAUCGCCGGAGCUCCGGCAGAGAAAGGCCAUCAGUGAGUCUCUGCUCGGCUCCGAUGAGGACGGCUCCUCUGAAGUGUUCCUGCCCACCGACAGUGACUAUGACUCCAGCGACGCCCUGAGCCCCAGAGACAUGGACCUGCUCUACUCUCCGGCCGCGGAUCUGUCUCAGCAGCUCCUUCACUCUCUGGGGGGCAGCGCCCCCGAUGUCCUGCAGAUCCACGAGCCCAGGUAACGCUUUAGGAAGGCC